UUUGAUAGAGAAGUUAGUAAGUUUUAGUAAAUGUCUUAGACAGGAUUUGAAAUCGGAUAAUAAAUCUUGUUUGUCUAGUCUAUUUAAAUUGAUCGAAAGAGUUCAGUUAUUGACUCAGUAUAAACAUAUAAUACCUGAAUAAAUGCAAAUCAUUUUGAAGUGAUUCGAAUUUAAAUGUUGGUGGAUCAAGUGAUAAAAAAAUAAUUUCAAUGGAUUACGCAAGGUCACUGAAUGGUCGCCCAGAUUUUAUCGGAUGCAUAGACAACGAAGCUCUAGACUUCGGACAAUUGGAAUCAUUCAUUCAUGUCGCGUCUAAUGCUUCAACUUCUGUCAACGGAUCGGUGUCCGUGAAUUCUACACCUUCACAUCUACCAGAAAGCCCUCCCGAUUCGGGAUCGGAGCCUCCAUACAGUCCGAUCGAUUUGCACGGACUCAAUCUUGCUUCAUCAAAUGUUAAUCAACUCACCGAAUUACAUUUGACCUCCGGCUGUACAAAUGGAAAUCAAUCAACGAAUGCUGAUUAUCAGCAAGAUACUGUUUUGCCGACAAAAAAUUUGGAUCAAUCUGUGCUCGAGCUGAACAAUGUUGGAGAUAUUCAUGCAAAUGUUUAUCUAAAUGGUGAUAUGGAUGUAUCGAAUCAAGGAACGUCUAAUGGCUUGGCAACAUCAACAACACUUUGUAUGAAGAGCAAAGACAUGUUAUUGGGCGGUGCAAGUAAUGCAGGUCAUGAACAAAUUGUGCUGCAACAGGAUGCAACAUUAUUGGAACUAGACGGGCACCAUGUUCGACCUUAUUUGGAGCGUAACAACUCCGAUAUAUUAAGUCUAAAUGGACCUCCACCAGUGCAACCAAUAUCCUCUGACGACUUAAAUCGAUUGUUGCCUAUGGCUCAUCAUUUAUAUCAUCAUUCCCCCAGCAGUAAUUCGACAAUGUCACCCGUAAGUGGAACGACAGGCGGUCGACGGAAGAGAAAAAUUGGUAUACAAGAUCUGAGACAAGUUCAACUGGUAAAACCUGAACCCGUGAGUCCAAUUUGUCAAUCAACCUUAGAGCCUCCAUCUCCAAGCUCGAAUUUGAGUGGACUAUGCUCACAAAUUGACAGUGCAACUGCUGAUCAGUCUACGCAGAAUUCUGAUUCGGGAGACUCAUGCUCGAUGCAAUGUAUUCGUUUUACUCCGUUUCAACAGCAGAAUUGGCAUCCAUUGUGCGAUCAAGCUCUUCAGGACUUGCCGAUACCACAUUACCGCGUAGAUGCUGACAAAGGUUUCAACUUUUCCAAUUCAGAUGAAGCGUUUGUUUGCCAGAAGAAAAACCAUUUUCAAAUCACUUGUCAUGCACAACUGCAGGGUAGCGCCGUAUUCAUCCGGACGAGUAGUGGUUUGGAGAAGAUAAAAUCGUUUCACUUGCACUUUUACGGAGUGAAAUUGGAAGCACCCACACAAACUAUACGAGUUGAACAGAGUCAAUCGGAUCGAUCUAAGAAGCCAUUUCAUCCAGUCCUGAUCGAUCUACAAAAUCGUCAGGUCAGUAAAGUGACGGUGGGACGAUUACACUUUUCUGAGACGACUAGCAACAAUAUGCGAAAGAAAGGCCGCCCAAAUCCGGAACAGAGAUAUUUUCAACUAGUUGUUGGAUUACACGCCCACACUCAGUCGGGUCAUUUUCCAGUAAUUAGCCACGGAAGCGAAAAAAUUAUUGUGAGGGCCUCUAAUCCAGGACAGUUCGAAAGUGACGUUGAACUAUGCUGGCAGCGUGGCGUCACUCAGGAUUCAAUAUAUCAUGCGGGGCGUGUUGGUAUCAAUACUGACCGACCGGACGAAAGUCUUGUCGUCAAUGGUAAUCUGAAAAUCUCUGGACAUAUUGUUCAACCUAGCGACAGUCGAGCUAAAGAGAAAAUUAUCAAAUUGGACACAGUACAGCAGUUGAAAAAUAUUCAACGUAUUCGGGUGGUAAAAUAUCGCUACCAACCGCAAUUCGCUGUUCACAGUGGACUGGCGACUGUCAAUGAUUGUGACGAUGUUGUAGACACCGGAGUGAUUGCGCAGGAAGUGCGGAAAAUAUUGCCAGAUGCGGUAAAGGCAGCUGGUAGUGUAUGCCUUCCCGAUGGUUUUGUGAUUGAUAAUUUUCUGGUCGUGAAUAAGGAUCGCCUUUUUAUGGAGAACAUUGGUGCUGUCCAGGAAUUGUGUAAAGUGACGGGGAAGUUGAAGAGACGAAUUGAAUCGAUAGAAUGCAGGUUAAACAGUUUGACCACUGGAGAAAAAGUUUGCGUUAUCAACAAUCGCCAGCAGCAGCACAACAAUAGAUGUCGUCAAAUGUCUAUUUUCACGCUUCUUCUGUUGAUUAUUUGCCUUGCAAUAUUCAUCGCCUUCUACUACAAUUCAAAUCAAAUGAAUCACUUCAAGAAUUGGCUUAACAUACCAACUAAUCAAUUUAAGACGAUUGCUCCACUAUGUGGUCCGCAGAGUACAACGGACAACGACGAUUCAAACGAACUGUUGCGCGUUUCCCAUCAAUAUCAAAAUAACAUCAACGAUACCGGUCAGGUGAAUGAAGCUCGUCAGUUCCGGUUUUGGAACCUAUCGAAAGAUGAGACACAGUGCUUCAUCUAACAGUUGGACAUGGCAGUGGUGGUAUAAUAAACGCCAGAAGACAUAGAUGAUGGAUACACAGUACAAUCAAAUGGUUUGAAAAUGUUAAAUAAACAAAAAUGUCAAUCCACAAUUACUUUGAAAUUAAAAAUUAUCUUCUUCAUCAGUAGCCCACAG